AAGAAGAAGGAAUCUGGCCAACAUGGCGGCGCACAGAGGUUGUGUGUUACUGGACAGGCUGCUGUUUUCAGUGAAGUCUGUAUCAUGUGAGUCCAGAUGUUGUGCAGUGACCAGCAGAUCUCUGUACUCCACUGUUUCCAUGGUUUCCAGUCCUGAUGAGAAGACCUUUGACAAGAUACUUAUUGCCAACAGAGGAGAAAUUGCAUGCAGGGUGAUGAAGACGUGUAAGAAGAUGGGCAUCCAGACUGUGGCCGUCCACAGUGAUGUGGACUCCAGCUCUGUUCAUGUAAAGAUGGCUGAUGAGGCCAUCUGUGUUGGCCCCGCCCCCACCAAUAAGAGCUACCUGAACAUGGACGCCAUCAUGGAUGCCAUCAGACUGACUGGAGCUCAGGCUGUUCAUCCCGGAUACGGGUUUCUUUCUGAAAAUAAAGAGUUUGCAAAGCGUCUGGCUGCAGAGGGUGUGACAUUCAUUGGCCCGGACACUCGUGCCAUCCAUGCCAUGGGGGAUAAGAUCGAGAGCAAACUGAUUGCCAAGGCUGCCAAGGUCAACACCAUCCCAGGGUUUGAUGGUGUCGUCCAGACUGCGGAGGAUGCUGUGAAGAUCGCUCAGGACAUCGGUUACCCAGUGAUGAUCAAAGCAUCUGCAGGAGGAGGAGGAAAAGGGAUGAGGAUAGCCUGGAACGAUGAGGAAACCAGGGAAGGUUUCCGAUUCUCCUCCCAGGAAGCAGCUUCCAGCUUCGGAGAUGACAGGCUGCUGAUUGAGAAGUACAUCGACAACCCAAGACACAUAGAGAUUCAGGUGUUGGCCGAUAAACAUGGAAACGCUCUGUGGCUGAAUGAGAGGGAAUGCUCCAUCCAGAGGAGGAACCAGAAGGUGGUGGAGGAGGCUCCCAGCACCUUCCUGGACCCGACCACGCGGCGGGCCAUGGGGGAGCAGGCGGUGCAGCUGGCCAAGGCCGUGCAGUACUCCUCUGCUGGCACCGUGGAGUUUCUGGUGGAUUCUCAGAAAAACUUCUACUUCCUGGAGAUGAACACACGUCUGCAGGUGGAGCAUCCCAUCACAGAGUGCAUCACUGGGCUGGACCUGGUGGAGCAGAUGAUCCGGGUUGCCAAGGGUUACCGGCUGCAGCACAAGCAGGAAGACAUUCCAAUAAAUGGCUGGGCGAUAGAGAGUCGGGUAUACGCCGAGGAUCCUUACAAGUCUUUUGGUCUUCCCUCCAUUGGACGGUUGUCUCAGUACCAGGAGCCUUGCAGCCUCAGUAAUGUCCGUGUGGACAGCGGCAUCGAGGAGGGAAGCGACAUCAGCAUCUACUACGACCCCAUGAUCUCUAAGCUGGUGACCUACGGAGCUACUCGAGCUGAGGCCCUGGCCAGGAUGGAGGACGCUCUGGAUCACUAUGUGAUCAGAGGCGUGACCCACAACAUCCCACUUCUGCGGGAAAUCAUCACCCAUCCCCGCUUCGUCUCCGGUGACAUCAGCACCAACUUCCUGCCAGAGGUUUACCCCGACGGCUUCAAGGGUCAUCAGCUGGACGUGGAGCAAUGCAGGGAGCUGCUGGCCUCAGCGGCAGCACUCUACAUCGCCGCUCAGCUUCGCUCGCAGAAGAUCCUGGGAAACCUGAGGGUGUUUCCAGCUCCUGUAGACUGUUCCCACUGGGAGCUCAGUGUGGAGUUGGGAGGAGGACACCAUCAUGUGGACAUUUCCAGAUCAGGAGACAUUUAUACUGUGGAGGUGGAUGGAGGAAAGGUAGAAGUCAGUGGACAGUGGAACCUGGCCUCCCCUCUGCUGCCCAUCACCGUCAACGGUUCAGAGCGGAUGCUCCAGUGUCUGUCCAGAGAAGCUUCAGGGAUCAUCGUCCUGCAGUACAUGGGGACCCUGUUUAGGGUCCGUGUUCUCUCCAAGAUGGCGUCAGAGCUUAACUCCUACAUGCCAGAGAAGGUUCCUGAAGACACCAGCAGCAUCCUGCGUUCUCCAAUGCCAGGAACGGUGGUGGCCGUGUCCGUCAAACCUGGAGAUACGGUUGCAGAGGGUCAGGAGAUCUGUGUGAUCGAAGCCAUGAAGAUGCAGAACAGUCUGACGGCUGUCAAACAAGCCAAGGUGAAGUGUGUCCACUGUAAGUCGGGGGAGACGGUGGGCGAGGGAGACCUGCUGGUGGAGCUGGAAUAAAACAAACCUGAUGGGAGGAGGACGGAUGAGAUCGGAUCCUGGAUUCGUCUCCCCGGUUUUCAGUCAACUCUUCACUUGCUGCUGAUGACGUACGGGUUGAUGUGUUGAGGAAAUCCUGCAGCUUCCUUCCUUCCUUCCAUCCACCUCUGUUGGACGUCAUGUGGACAGAUAGAUUAAAGAACAUCAUUCAGAUAAAGUUGUUGACUUGUUUUAUGAACUGACUUUAGUAAACACUUAGUCCUCUUUUUUUCCACAAAGAGCUCCUCCCACCUGCUGUCUGGCUUCAUCAGAGGGUUAAAGCUCUUCCGUGUUUUAUGGCUUCAGGACAUCAACAUGCACAUGUGCACAAACCAGUAUGAACUCAGGAAGGUGUCCUGAGGAGGCAGAAGUAACGUGAUGCAGGAAGUUCUGACGCUCACGGGAGACGCUUUCCUCCACUUGUUUGUGUGGAUGUUGAUGAAGAUGUCAGACAUGGACCAGCCUGCAGCUACCGAGCUAACGCUAACACCUCACCACUGUUGUGAUUUUCUUACCUGUUAAAUUCCUGGUUAACAAAUAAAAGUCUGUCAUGCA